AUGCAGCAGGCCCAGGCGCUGCUGGCGAUGUGGAAGCCCGCGCUGCGGGGCGCCUGCAAGGGCGACUCCUCGUCGCUCUGUGGGUCCGCGUCUUUUGGCAGCGAGCAGGCGCGUGACGCGCUGCUGCUGGCGACGUCACCCACGGCCUUCGACGGGCGACUCAGCCGCGGGGCGGCCGGCAAGAGUAGCGUCAUCUCUCCGCCCGGCGAUCAGGGCGACUGCAGCGCGUGCGUGUCCUUUGCGGUCACGGCCGCGGCGGAGGCCGCGAUGGGCAGCGCGCUGCUCGACGCGGGUGCGGGCGGCGGGGUGCCGCGGCUGUCACCGCUCGACCUUUUCUUCUGCGGCGGCGACGCCGGGGACGCCAGCUGCCAGAGCGGCUGGACCCUCAGCGGCGCCCUGACUGAGCUGACGAAGCGCAAGCAGCUGCAGUCCGCGGACUGCCUGCCCUUCAGCAACACCCAGUCCGCGCCCCUCCCACGAUUGUGCACCCCUCGCUGCAGCUCGCCUGUCAGCCCCAAAGGCUCGUUCUCUUGGACUAAGGUCCGGCCCCUGCGCUCGAUCCCCCGGAUGCAGCAACACAUUCGCGAGUGGGGCGGCGUCGUCACGCGCAUGGACGUCCCAAAGGGCUUCAGGUCAUGGUUCCAGGGCGCCAACAAAACAAAGGUCUACGACGAGGGGGCUUGA